AUGGCUCAGCAGUUCUGGGCUUCUUGUCUUUUCUCAUUGUUUAUGGCUGCCUUGGCUCAGGAGACUCUGAAUCCUCAAAAAUCGAAGGUGGACUGCAACAAAGGGGUGGCUGGUACCGUCUAUGAGUAUGGAGCCAACACCUUAGACGGUGGGGAGUAUAUCCCGUUCCAGCAGUACGAAGGAAAGUCCAUCCUCUUUGUCAACGUGGCAUCCUUCUGUGGCCUGACAGCUACGUACCCUGAACUGAACAUAUUGCAGGAGGAGCUGAAGCCAUACAAUGUCAGUGUUUUGGGCUUUCCGUGCAACCAGUUUGGAAAACAAGAGCCUGGAAAGAACUCAGAGAUCCUCCUUGGACUCAAAUAUGUGCGUCCAGGCGGUGGCUAUGUCCCCAAUUUCCAGCUCUUUGAGAAGGGGGAUGUGAAUGGAAACAAUGAACAAAAGGUUUUUUCUUUCCUAAAGAACUCCUGCCCUCCCACCUCUGAACUUUUUGGCUCUCCAGAAUAUCUCUUCUGGGAUCCCAUGAAGGUCCAUGACAUCCGCUGGAAUUUUGAGAAGUUCCUGGUGGGACCUGAUGGAGUUCCUGUCAUGCGAUGGUUCCACCACACUCCUGUCAGAAUUGUCCAGUCAGACAUCAUGGAGUACCUAAACCAAACCCGCACCCAGUAGGACAUGCUUUACAAAUAGUGUCUUUUCUCCACUCCUUCACCAGCCUCCAUAUGACCAAAGCCUGCAAUACUGCCUGUGUCCCUACUAAUGCAUGUGCAAACAGCUGGGGAUAAAAUUAAACAGAUAUUUAUUCGUGGUA